AUUUCGUUCCUUCUUAUUCGAGAAGAUAUAUUUAAAAAGUUAUUAAUACAUUUAUUUUGAAUUAGAAAUUUGAAGUAUUCGUAAAAUAAAUGUAUUUAUUUUAAAUGUUAGAUCCAAUCAAAAUGGCAUUCUCAGAAUGCUGUGCCUGAUUGGUUAGAGUUUUAUGUCACUUUGUAUUUGACGUCUGACUUUAUCGUCGUUGGGUCAUAUGAUACUGUCACUCAUUAUAAGAAGUUUUUAAUUUAUUAUCAAGUAUUGUUCCUGUCAAAAUUUGUUACGUGCCUUACAUAAGCACAAGUGAAUCAAAGUAAUAUUAUUGAAUAUAGAAACAGUUUCAUACAAUCUGCAACAAUGUCAUUUUUUGGAGUAAAUGUCAAUCCAUUUUCAACACCAGUAGGCCAGAAAAUAGAGCAAGCUACAGAUGGUAGUUUGCCAAGUGAAAAUUGGUCACUUAAUAUGGAAAUAUGUGAUAUUAUAAAUGAAACAGAGGAUGGGCCAAGAGAUGCAAUUAAAGCAAUUAAGCGUAGACUAAAUCAGGCUGCUGGAAAAAAUUAUACUAUAGUCAUGUAUACUCUUACUGUAUUGGAGACAUGCGUAAAAAAUUGUGGAAAACGUUUUCAUUCGCUUGCCUGUUCACGAGAAUUUGUACAAGAAUUGGUUAAGUUAAUUGGACCAAAAAAUGAACCACCAACAGCAGUGCAAGAAAAGGUCUUGAGUUUAAUUCAAACAUGGGCAGAUACGUUCCGCCAUCAGCCACAUACCCAAGGAGUUGUUCAAGUAUAUCAAGAAUUGAAAGUAAAAGGGAUUCAAUUUCCAAUGACAGACUUGGAUGCCAUGGCACCUAUUAUCACUCCAGAACGAAGUGUACCUGAGUCAGAACAAAAUAUCAUGAAUGUACCUACAGUUGAACAGCAAUCAGUAACUUCUGUAACACCACAAGUCCAACAACUUCAAAACCAAUCAUCUGGACAAGUAGCUAUAUUGAAUGAACAACAAAUGGCUAAAAUACAAAGUGAACUCGAUGUUGUACAAGGAAACAUGCGUGUCUUAUCAGAAAUGUUGGCAUAUUUUACAAGUUCAGAUCAGAAUAAUAGUCAACAACCUGAUCCUGCUGAUCUUGAACUUUUAACUGAACUUCAUUCCACAUGCAAAGCAAUGCAAGAACGUGUUGUUGAUUUAAUUGGAAAGCUGGCACAUGAUGAAAUGACAGCAGAAUUAUUGCGUAUUAAUGAUGAAUUAAACAAUUUAUUUUUGCGUUAUUCUCGUUAUACAAAAAACAAAGCUGUUGCUGCAAGUACUAUUUUAGCACAAACAAUUGGUCAUCCUCCAAACAUAGAUUCUGCUUCAUCAAUUAAUAAACAAGAAGCUGAUUCUCUUAUUGAUUUAUCUGAUGAAACUGAUACUUUAGAGAAAAAAAUGACAGAAAUAGGCAUAGCUGAUAAUAUUGACCAAAAUAGGAUAGAUCGGAAGGAGAAGAAAGAAGGUGAUAGUGAUGAAUUUGAUAUGUUUGCACAAUCACGGAAUACAUCUUACGAAACUGCAAAAAACAGCGGUAGCAAAUAUGAGGAUAAUUUGGAGCAGGUGAGCGGAGGAAGUCUCAGUACAGCGAUUCUCAAUCGCAAUAAUCCUAAGUAUCCCCAGCAGACUGCUUCUACAGCUGCUUCUACUACUGCUACUUCUCUGAACCGGGAAUCUGAAUUUAAUGAGAUGGCAGCCUGGUUAGAUCAUACGCCAGGAGCACAUGGUGAUCAAGAAUCUCUAACAUCUUCAGAGUUCGAACGUUUCUUAGCAGAACGAGCUGCUGCUGCUGAAGCUCUACCAACUCUACCUACAACUACUACUAGUACAGGAAAUACUACAAAUUCUGAAAACUCUAACAUUCAGCGUCAAAUUAAUAAGGAUCAAGAUAAAUCUUUAUUUGCUCUUUAAAUGUAAUUUUCAUAUUUACAUUUUAGAAAACUGAUGAAAAUUAAAUUUAUUCUAAUUCGGUCAUCAAAUACACUUUUUAAUAAAUCAAUGCUUCUAAUAAUAAUAUUAAUAUUAGAAACAUUGAUAAAAUAAGUUGAAGAAAACAAUAUAAAAAAAAGUAAAAAGAAAAUGCUUUGUGCUUAAAUGUACUUAAGAAUAGAAUUGAUACUAAAUGAUCGUAAAUUAGCAUUUUAUUACGUUGUAAAAAUUUAAUAACAAUGAAUAACUUAUUUUAAAAUAACCGUUACGCGUAAAUAUUAUGUAAUGCAAAAAUAGGAGAAAUACUAACUUAUGUUAUUUGUAUAUAAAAAAACACAUUGUAUGCAAAAUAAUAUUCAUAUUACAAUGUGUGGUCUCAUGCCUUGGAACUAUAUAAGAAUUAUUAAUUUAUGCAGUUGCAUUUUUCAAAUUUGCGGAUUUAAAUAGAAAAAAAUUAAUAUUUCAUUUUGUGAUCGAUUUUGUUACGCUAUAGAUCGAAAUAUUUUUAUAUCUUAGAUUUGUCGAUCAUUUGAUAUUUUGUAUAAAUAUGAUACGUUCAUUAUUAUAGUAAUUUUGAUCUUUAUGAAGUAUUAUUAUUAUAGAGUAAUAUAAAUUUAUCGAUAGUAUUGUUAUAAUUAUGUAACGAUAUAUUACAAAUAACUAAUAUAUUCUAAAAUUAUAUUAUAGGAAUAUCAUUGGUAAUAAGGAACGUUAUGUAAAUCUUAUGUUUGUAAUUUAAAAUUAUAGUUUUACUUUGAAGAAAGCAAACAUAUUGACAGUACUAUGAUAAGAACUAAGAUUCUUUAUGCAAUUUUAAAGAUGUGAUAAAUCAUUAUGAAACUAUCUUUAAAUGUUUGAUUUUAUAAGGCUGUAUCCUUCUACCAAUGAAUAUUUUAUUUUAAUAUCAAAUAGUCAAAUAUUUUUACUAAAAAUAUAUUACUUUUGACAAAUAGUGCAGGUAUAGCACUAAACAUGUUAAUUCUUUUAUUCUAGAAUAGAUGAAAUAUUUAAGAAUAUUUCAAAUAGAUGUUUAAAACAAGAUGAAAGAAAAAUUAAAUUUGCUUAUUUGUGUGAAUUGUAUUUACUUCUACGUAAAUACUUGUAAUCUAUGUAAGUAAUAACAUAAAAAAUUAUUCUUCUGUUUUAUGUGAUUAUUGCAAUUUUUAUUGAAUAUUGUGAAAGAAAUUAAUUUUAUAUUUUUAAUAAUUUCUUUAUAUUUUAAAAUUAUACAUCAUUUUUUCGUUUUGUAAUAAACUUUUCUAAUAUUCCAACAUA